CUUAAGAAGUAGUUUAUUUUGUCAUGUUGACCGCAGUUUAUGUUUGCCGUCCUACUUUGUAGCAUACUGUCCACACGGUCGAGUAAUAAUUGUGAAAGGGUCGUGGGUAGAGCGUAUUUGCUGAUAGAAGUGGAGGUAUACUUAAGCUGGACGUUAAACUGGACGUCCAGUACACCACCUCAUAGGCCUCUCCCCCACUGCACUACCAGAGACAAGGAUGACAUCACAACUACUCCUAUUUGUUUGGCUACAGGCUGCCAUGAUAGUGCACACGUCAUGUCAGUCCUUCCCAACAGUCAGCACUCCUUCCGGUCCCAUCAAGGGCGUAGUCGUUCCUACUCUCGGAAAGGAUAUUGUGCAGUUCCGGAAUAUUCCAUAUGCUAAACCUCCUGUUGGCAACCUCAGAUUUGAGAAACCACUUCCGGUAGAACCUUGGACGAAAAUGCUUGACGGGACGAUGUUUGGCCCUUCUUGUAUGCAGGAUAAAAAUAUAUUUCCAGAUAUGUGGGAAAAUGUAGAAAAUGAUGCAAUAUCCGAGGACUGUUUACAACUUAAUGUCUACGUACCUAACACUGCUUCGAUCGAAGCGAAAACGCCAGUUAUGGUAUGGAUUCAUGGAGGAGGCAUGUUUAUGGGAAAUAGUUCGAGUUACGAUGCAUCAUUUUUCGCAAUGAAAGACGUUAUCGUGGUAACUAUCAACUAUCGUCUCGGAAUAUUCGGGUUCAUGAGCACUGAAGACUCUGCUUUACCUGGUAACUAUGGACUUUGGGAUAUGAUCGAAGCAUUACGGUGGGUGAAUAAAAAUAUAGCAUCAUUUGGAGGUGAUCCCAAAUCGGUAACUAUAUUUGGUGAGUCGGCCGGUGGGUUUGCGGUAUCCUACCUGGCUAUGAUUCCCAGAACUGAAGGUCUGUUCCAACGUAUCAUUCCACAAAGUGGGCCUGCUGUAGCAUUUAUGGGAAUUGCACCAAACCCAGCAAGGGUUGUCAAGGCCACAGGCAAGUUUGUUGAAUGCAUAGCUAGCAAGGACGAAGAAGACAUUGACAACAGUGUUCUCGUAAACUGUCUGAAGCAGAAGUCAGCGGAAGAAUUGUUGAGGGCCCAGUCGGAUCCCGGAACUCAGUUUUUUGGCUCAUUUUCUCUUUCUCCAGUUAUCUGGCCUGCUAUUGAUGGAGAACUACUUGUAAGGUCACCUUUGGAUAGUUUGAAUGAUCCUAAGUCGGAAGAAUCCAUUUACUUUAGAUCUUUAGAUAUGCUGGCGGGAACAACAGACAACGAAGCAUCAUUAAUCCCCUUGUUUUUCCAAGGCCUUCAAGAACCUAUGGAGUUUAAUAUGACGGACGGUAUACCUACCUCUGUUUUAUGUAACGUUCUCGCACCAACAAUAGCCAAGGAGAUGUUCAAUGACGAGACUGUUGUAUCCGACUUACUUUGUAAAGAAUAUUCUGCUGAUAAUCUGGAGCAGCAAGCAAGAAAUAUUAGUAUUCUAUAUGGGGAUGCCAUGUUUGUUUCGCCUACAGUACAACUUCUUGAUUUCCAUGCCAAGGGUAAGGUAUCUCCGAAUACAUUCCAAUACACUUUUACUCAGGCAGUCAAUUUUCCCCUUCUGGUGCCCCUUUUUCCGUGGAUGGAAGGGGCAGGGCAUGGAACUGAGAUAGUUUACAUGUUUGGUCCUACAGGCGUCAAUGAAAUGGAUGUAUCUUUAUCGACCGACGAAGGAAAGGCAUUUACCGACGUUCUUGUUACCUACUGGACUAACUUCGCUAAAACAGGGACCCCUAACGGAGAUGGUGUGGUACCGUGGCAGGCGUUCAGCUCCAAAGGUCGAGACUACAUGGAACUAAAGUACCAGCCAGAACCAGGCCAAAACUUGUACAAAAGGAGAAUGGAGUUUCUGCUGGAGGAUAUACCAAAAAUACUUAAGAACAAAGUCAAAACUGAACUAAAGAUAGACAGAAAGUGAUAAUAUUAAACUAAUUCUUAUGUUUACACAUCGUCGAAAUCCAACGCUUCCCCUCUCGAUAUCACAGGAACCUGAGAAUAUGUUACAGCUAUAUUUUGACCUCAACUAAGGUGUUCAGAGUAAUUUAACAAAAUUAAGGGGUUUAGAUCGGUAAAAAUGACACCUCAAUGCUCGUAUAGUCGAUCCAAAACCCAUAAACAUUUAAAAUUACUCCAAACACCUUAGUUUAGAUCCAAAUAUAGUUGUAACAAAUUAUCAGGUCCCUGUGCCCGAUAUGUGUACAUAUGCGUACCUUGUAGUUUUGCAAUAUAAGCCGACGUCUAGCUCUCAGGUCGGCGAGUCCAAUACCUUACCUGACGUACAACUGAACAAUGUAACAUUCAAACACACAUGUACCUGAGUAAUAUCUUUUUAAAUGCUGUCCUCGGUACACGUGUUCUAGGGAUUAUUCAGAGUUGCUCCCAUUGUUACUUAUGCAAUAUGAUAUCACAAUUAUUUUAGUUUGUGCGACGAAACGUAAUGUUAUCUGAUUGUCUAUUUUACAGAAAAUCUCUUUUUAUAUCGAUAUGAAUGUGUGGGUUAACAUUACAAAGAAUAAAGAUAAAUGAAGAUAUUUCUCUCAUAAUAGUAAAUCAUGCAAAUAAUAAACACACAAUUAUUGAACUAUAGUUUAUAAUAUUAACAAAACAUCAUUGUCCACAGUUUUAUUGUCCUAGACCCGGUCAUAACCGGAACAAGGACGUAAAGCCCCAUCAAUCAAUCAAUCUACACAAUUUCUUUAAACAAAAGUACAGAUACCCAUGUAGAGGAAUUAAUCUAGAAGUUGUUUAUUGUGUUUAGUUUACAUGUUCAAUCAUAAUAAUAUUGCUACAUGGUAUAAAUAAGGAACAGUUUAAUAUGUCUUCAAUAUAAUAAAUCCAACAUGAGCUUAUUUUUUAGUUCGGUUUGAGUAAUCUAGUGUUAUUUUAAGGAGUAAGGGAAGAACAAAAAUACAAUACCAAAGUGUUAACAAACCGUAAUUAGAACUGAAGAUCUAUAAAAAUGGUUCUUUAAAUUAAAAAAAGAGAUGAUAUUUUUUGCUAACUCCCCCACCCACCCCCGAAUUGAAUUGAUAUUAAAGUUACUCUUAAGCUACGUCUAUUAGCAAUACUACUAUAAGCUAUUUUUUAAAGAAAUAUCAUUCCACACCCAAUAGUGCAAAAAACAACAUGCCCUCUAUAUAUUUUAGUGAUUAGAUUGAAUCUAGGUCAAAACGGCCUCACUGUAAAAACGGCCCUAGUGAAAACGGCCCUAGAUGGAACGGCCCCACUUAUUGAAUCGUGAUUAAAUACAAUUUGAUUGGAUUUUAAAUAAACUUAGUAUUCAAUUUAUUUCAAAUCAGAUACUUGUUGAAUAUAUUUAGAGGAUGUACUUAUAACGGGACGUAUAUAUAUGAACAUUGAUGUAUAUUUCAAUAAAUUGCUAAGUAUAACGGUACGUAUAUAUAUGAGCAUAACAAUUAUGAUAUAAGUAUAACGGGACGUAUAAUAAAUAGCAAAUAAUGUAUUUUAAUUAGUACAAGAAAAGCAGAAAAACAGGACAGUAGAAAAAGAGUCAGAGAUCAGAUUUUUUUUUACUGAUAGAUGAAUUGAGUAUUUCAGUGCAGGAGUCAACAGGUAAGUAUAUAUAGAUGACACUAUAUAUUGACCUGUAUUCACGCAAACCGUUUACUAUCAACCAUAAAUGUUUGAACAUGCUUACAAAUAACUUCGUUUGAUUUUAUAUCUAACCACGGAAUUAGAUUGUUAUCAUAAGUCCGUGAUCUAACGAAAUAUCACCUAACAAAAGGCUUUCUCAUGUAAUAUUGGUUAACCAUAUCAAAUGUUGAAACACUUAAUUUCUUUGUACAUCAUACAUUGGACAAUAAAAAAAUGGUUUAGCGUCCUUCAUAUUAUGUCCAUAUCUACAGGAUGGACUGUCAAUACGAUUGACAUGGAAUAAAAUAUGCUUUUUAAUAUGUUUU